GUAUCACUCCUGGUAAGCUCAGAGGACCAUAUGGAAUGUGGGGAUUGAAUUGGGGUUGGCCAAGUGUAAGGUCAGGAGGCAACUGUCAUUGAAAGAUAGUGACUGAUCCUGAGACAGCAAGCAUCAGGGGAGCAGCCAGAGGGAUUGACAGCAGCUUAAAUUACCUAAAUGAUACAUUCAAAAGAAAAGAAAGAAGAAAAUAAAAAGGACCAAGAAGUUCUUGUGACUGAUAAUGAUUUCCAGCUGCCAAAGAAGGUUGUGGAUGCCAAGAGAAAGGUAACCAUUUCUCAUCCUCCUGAGUGGAAUUGGCUGCCUCUCGGAGCCCACAUCGGCUGGCAGUAGAGAUGGCUGAAUUAUCGAGCUAUAAGGAAGCGCCCUCCAGCCGCCACCUGCGAUUCAAGUUGCAGAGUCUGAGCCGCCGUCUCGAUGAGUUGGAGGAGGCCACCAAAAACCUCCAGAAAGCAGAGGAGGAGCUCCUGGACCUCCAGGACAAGGUGAUUCAGGCUGAUGGCAGCAACUCCAGCAUGCUGGCUGAGAUUGAAGUGCUGCGCCAGCGAGUGCUGAGGAUUGAAGGCAAGGAUGAAGAAAUCAAGAGAGCCGAGGAUCUGUGUCAGCUGAUGAAGGAGAAACUUGAAGAGGAGGAAAACCUUACCCGGGAGCUGAAAUCGGAGAUUGAGCGGCUGCAGAAACGCAUGGCUGAGCUGGAAAAACUGGAGGAAGCCUUCAGCAGGAGUAAGAAUGACUGCACCCAACUUUGUUUAAGCCUCAACGAGGAGAGAAACCUGACCAAGAAAAUCUCCUCGGAGUUGGAAAUGCUCAGGGUUAAGGUGAAAGAACUGGAAUCUUCUGAGGACCGGCUGGAUAAAACUGAACAGAGUUUAGUGUCCGAGCUAGAGAAGCUCAAAUCAUUGACUCUGAACUUUGUCAGCGAGAGGAAAUACUUGAAUGAGAAGGACAAAGAAAACGAGAAGUUAAUAAAAGAGCUGACUCAAAAACUGGAGCAGAACAAAAAAAUGAACCGAGAUUAUGCCAGGAAUGCUUCUAAUCUCCUGGAAAGGAAUGACCUACGGAUCGAGGACGGCAUCUGCUCCACGUUGCCAUCCAAAGAGACGCGAAGGAAGGGCACACUGGACUACCUGAAGCACGCGGAAAACGAAACGAGAAACAGAUCAGAAAACGAGAAGAACCGAAAUCAGGAAGACAAUAAAGUCAAAGACCUUAACCAGGAAAUCGAGAAACUUAAGACACAGAUCAAACAUUUUGAGUCUUUGGAAGAAGAGCUUAAGAAAAUGAGGGCCCGAAAUAAUGACCUGCAGGACAAUUACCUGACUGAGCAGAAUAAAAACAAGCUCCUUGCCAGCCAGCUGGAGGAGAUAAAGCAACAAAUCAAAAAGCAGAAAGAGCUAGAGAAUGGGGAGGUGGAAGGGGAAGACGCUUUUCUGAACAGCAAGGGCAAGCACGAGAGGACUAAAUUCAGAGGCCACGGGACUGAGGCAGCUGUGUCCAGGCACACACCCCGAGAACAGUCUCCCCAGCAUAAGCGGGAACGGCAUCGCAACAGGGAGGUCACGCUCAGCAAUGAAAACUACUCUCUGAGCCAUAGGCAGGUCUCUUCUCCCAGUUUCCCCAGCAGGAGAGCAGCAAAAGCUUCCAACAUGGGGGCAGGAGCAGACAGUGGGACCCAGGAGACGAAGAGAACCGAAGACCGGUUUGCAUCCGGCUCCUCCCAGACUGAGGGGAAGAAGCCCAGGGAGCAGCCCUCAGUGCUUAGCCGCUACCCACCCGCUGCCCAGGAGCACAAUAAAGUUUGGAAGGGGCCUGCCAAGCCGGGCACUGAGAGCGGGCUGAAGGGAAAGGUAGAAAAGACAACACGAACAUUUGGCGAUGCCAUGCAUGGAACUGUCAAUGAUAUUUUGGGUAGAGCUGACAAGGCUUCCGACUCUUCCUCUGAGGCCCCCUAUGGCAAAAGGGGCCAGGGGCUUGGCAAUGGAAGUCAGAUAACUCAGGCCACAGAAUCGAGCAGUUCUAAGGCUGCUGGAGCUCUGGCUUCGUCUAGAAGAGAAGGGCUUUCUAAGGGCAAAAAGGCUGCCAAUGGGCUGGAGGCUGAUCAUACCGCCACCCCCAAUUCCAAGGCUUCGCCUUUAUCAAAGUAUCCAUUUAGCUCCAAAAGCCAAGAGAACGUCCCUCAGGGCGGUUCAGCCUCAAAUAAAGAAGGAAUGGAACAGACGGUAGCAGUCCUGUCGGAGGACAGCAGCCAGCAUGAGGCCCUGAGGUGUCGAGUCAUCAAAUCUGGCGGCAGAGAAAAGGCCGACUCAGAUGACGACAUGGACGUGGCCUCUCUUGUUACUGCCAAAUUGGUCAACACCACUAUCACCCCCGAGCCCGAGCCCAGACAACACGCCAAUGUGAGGGACAAAGCCAAAUCCCGAGGCGGUUUUCGAACCGCCCUGUUUGAGAACGACCGAGACGUUGGGACAGAAAAUGAAUCUCUGAAACCUGCUAAAGGCUCCAGCAAUUCGGGGGAGCCCCCUGACACCGAGGGCACUGCGGGAAAAAGCCAGCGGCCCUUCAGCCCCCGAGAGGCCUUGCGGUCUCGAGCUGUCAUCAAACCUGUCAUCAUCGAUAAGGACGUGAAAAAAAUCAUGGGCGGGUCAGGAACAGAGGCCCCGCUGGAGAAACCAAAGCCCACCCCCAAGUCGGGGCCAAACAAAGUGACCAGCAGCAUCACCAUCUACCCCUCGGACAGAGCCGAGACCCCCCGUGAGAGGCACACAACCACGAGCAACAUCCAGGUCGGGGCCCCAGAGCUGGCAGCAAUGAGCAAUCAUCUCUGCUCCCCCUUUGAGCUCUCCCUCCACAAGCAUGAACUCACCAUGCAGAUCACAGACGUGGAGAGAAUGGGAGACGGGCCCCUGAAGAACAGGACUGAAACCACCGUGGUGUCUCGAAGCAGUUUCAUCAUAAAGCCGUCGGACCCCGUGGAGAGGAACAGCCACGCACCCCCAGUGGAGACAAUCAGUCUGAAAAGCCAUAGUGCCCCUUCAGAAGUGGGCUCCGCCGAUGCCCGGCACGUUACUGUGCGCAACGCCUGGAAGAGCAGGCGGGACUUGAACUCUUUGGAGGAGCCCCCAGCUCGCAGUGGGAAGACCCUGGAAUCUACCAACGCCUACACUCAGAGGGCUGCCACAGACUAUUCAGACCUGGAACAACCCAGGUCCUACCUCUUAGAGCAGGGCACUCGAAGGGCAGGGAAUUCUGGAGAUGCCCCCGAACUGUCCUCCAGAAGGACCCAAAGUAGCCUCACCGUGGCAGAGGUGCUCACUCGCCGCAGUCGGGCAGGAGACAUGCCCCCAGCUGCAGCCUGGAACCACACAGCCAACCUGGAGGAAGGUGAGGACUGCACAUUUAGUGUCUACAGGCGACUGCAAAACUCCCUGGAACGGUCUGAACUGGCCGGGAAGCAGGGGCUACAGGAGCCCGGGCGAGUACGGGCUGAGGAACGAUUACGGCCAAGCAGGCCCUGUGCUGAGGAAAACUGAGGCAGCUGGUGAGAUCUGCGUCUCCUCUGCUACCGUUUCUCAGCUCUUCCACCUUCCUGCCCUGUGACGGGUUCCAGGCCAAUUAACCAGGCUAGAUUCCAAGCCUUGGCUGAGAGGACAGAGAGCCAGGCUGUGGCUCAGGGCAUUUUUGCCAGCCGACCACAUGGGAUCAUACUAUAAGCUGGAUAGUCACCUAGACACAGCCCUCCUUAAUGCAUGACUCCUCUCCCUGUCCCUUUAUUCCACGGUUAGACCAUUCUGAUCCCCAAAUGGGGAAAGAUAAAAGAAACCCUUUGUUUCCCCACCAUAUACAAAUAGCAGUGGAAAGCUCUUUUCUGCUUCUUGGUGGGUUAUGUAUCAAAGUCCAUAUUCUGACUUGUCUUCUCAUUGCAUCC